AUGAAGAAGAGGAGGGAAGAAGCGAAAAAAAGCCUGAAGAAGUCGCGCAACCACAAGAAGAAGAGCAAGAAGAAGAAGAAGAAGGAAAUGGGGGAGUGUUCGGAGAAGAACAAGAACAAGGAUCUUCUCCCAAUGAAAAUGGACUUCUUGGGCUUGAAAAUGGGCCUCCAGAAAACGAGAAAACCGGCCGGCAUCAAUCGAGGUAAUUUUCAACGGAAACUAAAAUGUAUUCAAGAUGAUAGCUGAAGAAAAUGAGAUUUUUUUUUCAAGAUAAAAUUUAAAUUUCAGCGAUGGAUGAAAAGAAGAGGAGGAAGAAAACUUGGGAAUAUACAAAGAAGAUUUUUUCGAUGGAAGUCAACGUCUUCAGUUUGAAAAAAAGUCCAUGGAGAUGAUCAGCCGGGUAAUUUUUAACUGAUACAUAUCAAGAAUGUGAUUGUUUUCGUUAAAGGUCCCAUUUUUAAUCUUCUCUAUUUCCCAAGUAAAAAUGAAGUUGAAUUUUCAGAGAUGGUGGAGACAGAGAACGAAGAGAAGUCGAAUGACGAAGAGGAGGGAGAACCAGAAAACAGGGAUUCUUCCGCUGGAAAUGAGCAAGAGAAGGUCGCGGAGGACGAAGAGCGAGAAAAUCCACAGACAAGGUCCAUUUUCGAACUUCUUUGUGAAAUGAGAUGAAGAUGGCGUUUCAGCGAGGGAGAAGAAAGAUAUGAAGCAGAAGGAGCUCAAAACGAACCUCUCGGUCUUGAAAAUGGGCCUCCGGAGAACGAGGAGAACUAUCUGUCUCAGCUGAGGUGA